AUGAAUUUGGUAAACAUUACCAAACAUUUACUAUACUUAACGAAAACAGAAUUUGGCUCCGCAAAUUCUGUGACUAGUGCUGAUGAAUUUUUUGCUGCACAGCAAUUAUUUGAAGUUUUAAAAGCUUUUAAAGACAGUUAUUUCAGUGAAUUUCAUACUUAUGAAACUCUCGAAUUCGAUGAUGAAUAUGAUGAAAUAACUGAUGAAGAAGAAAGCGAUGAUGAAAGUGAUACUUAUGAUGAAAAUGAUGAAACUGAUGAUUAUGAUAAGAACCAACAGAUAGACAUCAGAAGUCAUUUUACUUUGGAAGAAAUGAAAAAUAUUAUCGAAUGGAUCGAUCAACAUCCGCAUUAUAGUUUUUCCGGUAUCCAACAUGCUCAAGAUUGGGUCGAAAAUAUAAGACCUAUUAUUUCGAAUUAUUCUCCACGAGAAAUUUUAAAUACUGAUCAUUGUUCAUUCCAACAGAAAUACGUUUCUCCAAGGACAUUGUCUUUUACUGGUGAACGAACAACAGAAGUUGCGGUUAGAAAGAAGCAUAAAAUAACGCAUUCUUAUACAGUGCAACCUAUUACAUCGGCUGAUGGUCGUCUGUUAGACAAGUUCUUACUCAUUCUUCAAGAAAAAGAAAAUCAAUUUGGCAAAAGAGUACAAACAGAUUUAUAUGUACCAUCGAAUGUAGUAGUACAAGCCUCGAAAUCUGGUAAAAGUAGCGGUGAAAAACAUCGUAUUUUUUUAAAUGAAGUUCUCCGUCCUUCGGUCGGUAGAAAAUUUCUUCUUUUCCUUGAUUGUUGGAAAACUCAAACUGAUCUAAAAAAAUUUAGAGCAGUAUUUCCCAAUCAAAACAGUCAGUUACUGGUUUUUCCUGAAGGAUCAACUGGGCAUAUUCAACCACAAGACCUAUCCUUGUUUCGUUCAUGGCGAUUUUUUCAUAAAAAAAUCGAGCAUUACACUCAUAUAAAUCGAACAGAAUUGGUUAUGAAGGAUCGUCAAUAUUUUAUUAACAUGCAUUGUGUUAUUCAUAACCAAUUAUCUGCUCCACAAUUCAAGAAUCUUAUUAACUCUGGAUUUGUGCAAGCUAAGAUAGUUAAUGAAACGAUCAGUGAAAUUGAAAAACCAAAAGAUAUUUGUUUUAAGUUUUAUGAACUUUAUUGCUCAAUCGAUAAUUGUGGACAACGAACACUUCUCAAAUGUGCUUGGUGCAACAAACACCUUUGUUAUUAUCAUUUAAUUGAAGAUAUUCAUUUUCAUUUGUAG